AGAAUUUCAAUUUUCUAUCCCUUCCUGAAGUGUUGAGGUAAAUAAUUCGGGUCUUGUUUCAAAGCUACUAUUUAAUACGAUCAUGUUGAUCCAUUUUCUAUUGUGAUUUUAUCCCCUUCAUUAUGUUCGCAGUAUUUCUGUUUAUUUCAACAGAAGUGUUUAUGUCAUAGAAAGAAAUCAAGAACAGUUACUUAGCAUUUUUACAACUAUUUUGAGUUAUCUUGAUCUUGAUGAAAAGAAAUUAUGAUUCUAGCAAAUGCAAAAAUGAGAUUCUAUGAGUAUGACCAAAGGCCAGACGCAGACCACACGCCUGGGCGACCUGGAGAACGGUUAGCUCGAUGAUCCUCGUGAACAUCUUCCCUGCAGUAAGGAGCACCAGCAGUUGGUCCACAACUCAAGAACACCUGCGGUGAUUUUUUACCCGCACAAUAAUUCAUCUCGCAGGUAGUGUUUAUUCUACUUGAAGAUCCCACAAGGAGGACAGGGGGCGGUCUGCGCGUUGGAAUAAACACAAGCAAAGCUUGUUACUCGACGAGCACAACCCCGGAGAGAACGAGAAGCACAACACUCCCGCGUCUUCAGCGCAAGGAAGCCUUCCCGUGGAACACCACAAGACAGCACGCUAUUGCAGCAGCUACUCAAGAACAAACGCGCGACGAAUUCAUCCACCGAUGCGGUUACAACAUCGUUCACAUUCAACACACCAACUACAUACACAUUAGGAACAGAUACUGAAUCAGUAUCAAUAAAAGAAGCAUCAACAACUAGUGCCGGAAAAUAAACCUUCGUACUUCACGAGCAUAAUUUCCGCCGGCACUUCUUCGACUUCCUGUAAAAGUCCAUCAUGUUUGCCAGCAUGACGGGAGGGAUGGGACGGUCCGGGGGGUCGCGCGGGCAGUAUGGGUACGCCCCGCCAAAGCCCGACACGCGGAAGCAGGAAGCGUUUUUUGCGCAGUACGCCGAAACGCCGGACGACGGCAGCAGUGAGCUGAUAAUAACGGAAACAGGCACCGAGAAACUGUGCGAAGACCUCGGCUUUUCGCCCCUGGACCCCGUAGCCCUGGUUUGGUGUUACCACUGCGGCGCCAAACAGAUGGGCAGCUUCACAAAAACCGAGUUUUUGCACGGUAUAGAGUGGAAAACGCAAGAAAAUGCUGAGUUUGUUUUGAUAUCUAGGCGGCCUCUGUCCUCCUUCCCAGUUCUGUGAGAAAAGAUUGUGUCACCUUCACGCGACAGAGGCAGUGACGCUUUGCAAAUUUUCUUAUCGCAUGAUGACCUCGUCCAAUCGAAUCAGAGCUGGAUAAUUCUCUCGAUGGUGCACCGCAUUUCGAUUUCUGUUCAUGUGUUGAGUGUCAAAUGAAAAUGAGGCCAGUAGUGAAGAGCGGCCACAAAGUUGCUCUUUUCACCCGGUAUCCAGGUGGUCCUUAUCUAUUUUUGUUUUUCCGAAAUCAACAAAGGUCUCGCCGUGUUUGGUGCACAGGAUUGCGCGCAGCUCCGUGAAAGGGUAGACGAGAUGCGGAGCCAACUACAGCCAACGCAUCCCUUGUGCAAACGUGUUUACAACAACGUCUUCCUCCUUUCCCUCGAGCCAGGCCAAAAGCAGCUCGGGAAAGAGGUAGAAAAAUCAUGGCAUUCUGUGACGUUGUAUCAAUAUGGGGAUUACGCGGAUGACUUAUUUAUAUUCCAAAAACGAUUGAUAAUCAUAAUUCUGUGUGGUACAACACCGAAGAUGAAAAUACAUCAUCGUAUUGAAGACCACUCGCAAUAUUUUCCAUUUCUUUCUUUCCACUGUCCAACAUACAAAUCACAAAAAAAAUCAGAUGGCGAUAGAAGUCUGGAAACUGCUUUUGCCGCUUUUUGGGAACGCGGAACUCGCAAACAGCUGGCUCGUUUACGUCGAAGAGCAUAACAAAAAACCGGCAAUAUCAAAGGACGUCUGGAAUAUGGUCUUCGACCUACUGCUAUCAAAGAGCAAAAAGCUUGGUCUGAACCGUUUGACACAUCAUAAGCAUGUCCUGCUCUAUGUGAAGAAAGAUAUAAGAAACUACAGAAACAGCACCAGGGGCAAAGAAUUUUUGAUUUUUAGUCCAAGUUAUUCUAGAGCGUGCUGUAUGCAAUAAGAACUUCAACUUUUUUACUUGCGACGUAUGCUCCUGUUGCUUUUGCCCCUUGUGUUUAAUGAAUUGAAUAUUGUCAGGAACCACGGCCACGGCUCAGCUUUUUCUUUUGAUAGUUGCUCACCUGCAAAGCCGAUUUGUCGGUAAGACACUCACUUGCGUCGAUUUCAUUUCAGCGCCACUCACUUCACGGUGAGAACCUAGGGCUAGGUCCAGCAUGCUCUACAAUUUUGUAUGAUGAUGAUUCGCAUGUUGGCACCAGCAUAAAAUAAACCUCAACCUGCUGUUGCUUGGCAGAGGAGCGCUACUUAGGUUCUUCGAAUUGAUUUUUCUUCUUCUGAAAGAUCAACAUGAAUCAAUGCACGACAGGACUACGACGAGGACGGCGCAUGGCCGGUAUGCAAUGCAAAAGCCUGCUUGUGCCUAACUUGUACUAGCAUGAUGAAUUGCAUGGCAAACUUGUCCCGAAAGAAAGAUGGAAAUUGCCCUUGUAAAUGCAGAUUUAGGUAAAGAUAAAGCACUUUGUUUUGUCCUGCUGCAGGGUUGCAAUUUGCUAAUGCGAGGGAGAGGUAGUAGAUACUUUUGCAAUGCAUAGCCGGUGAUGAUAGACGACUUUGCAGCGCACAUGAAGGAAAACAGUAUCAGAAGCAAAUCUACUUUGGUCAUGAUUGUCAAGCUGUCGGUCUCGUUGAUCGCCUUCGAGUACUAGUAGCUCUUAUGUAUUCUGACUCAACUUCCUCGUUUGGGGACUCCACCUAUGCGGACUCCUCGUGUCAACAUCAGUGGGGGAAAUAUCACGACGCAUGACCACGCAUGU